AUGGGAGAUAUGCCAACAGAUGGUGGAGAUGCACGUUUUCUGAAUGAAAAUGAUGGCUAUUAUAGCUUUCAACCUGCUACUCCUGUAAGUGUAAAGCGUUCUUCAGUGGGUGGGAUGGAACUAGUUACAGCCCAAAAGAAAAAUCGUUUAGAAGUUGCUGCUGAUCAGAAUCGUUGUCUUGAAGCUUUUUCACAAUGGAAUGAAGAUGACCAAGUGGAUUUUCUUUGUAAAUUACUCCGACGCAUGUCCCACGCUCAACAUUCUCAAAUUAAUAUAUUAUUGGAACCUCUUCUUCAGUGUGACAUUGUUACGGCACUUCCAUCUCGUGGUGUUCCCAAUAUUUCAGCUGAUAUUCUAUCUUACCUUGAUGCCAGUUCACUUCUCUCGGUCGAAUUAGUGUCAAAAUCCUGGCAGCUGAUUGUAGUCCGUUUUCAGCUCUGGCGAAAGUUGAUCGCUCGACAAAUGGAGACCAAUGUUGUUUGGCGAGGACUGGCUGAACGCCGUGGUUGGUUAACGUUUGUUCAACUUGUGGAUCCAUCAGUUCUUUCCACUUUACUUGAACAGAGAAUGUCUCAACUUAGUUGCGGGCAGGGUGGAUUAAAACGGGCUUUAGAGUUUCCUCCAAUAAAGCAAAAUGGCCAGCCAUCUCAUCCGACUCCGUUUGGUGAUAACUGGAGUUCUUCUGUGCCAAUAUCCCUCACCUCAGCGGCUAUUGACGCUGUGUCCACACCAUCUCCCUCACUAUCCCACACAGAAGCCUCUUGCUCUCAUGAAAAAAUGUUGCUUGCCCAUCGAUUUUAUAAACAACUUUAUCCUCGCAUUAUCCGUGAUAUUCGUGUAAGUUUUCAUCAUGUUUCUGCAAUGUUUAUUUAUCGAAAAUUGUUAGGUAAAUUUUUCUAA